AUGUCCAUGGGACGAAUGGGACCCGAGAAAUUCACGGUAAUGUGGGUCAGUGGUGAGUGUGGCAUCUCACUUCGCAAUUUUUCUAGAAAUGACAAUAAAGUAGGGGCACAGAUUGCAGUUUUGCAACAUGCAGACGGAGUUACAACGGGCAUUAGCAAUUGUAGAUUGGGGGAUCAAUUGGUGUCGAUCAAUGAUGAACGAGUGGAUGCACUGAGAUUCAGUGAGAUUGUCGAGAAACUUAAAUUGGCUCAAUGCCCCAUUUCAUUGGGCUUUUGCACAAAUGCUAAUGUGCAGACAUCACCGAGAGCUGCAUCGUCGCCAUUGAAUAACUUUCGAAACUCAACGGGGAUGUCAAAGUCGGGUACUUUUUUUUCAAGUGGAGGGUCUGUAGGAUCGAAGAAAAUGAUGGACAAAUUGACAGUAGACCGACAUUCGAUGAGUGAAGACGGUUAUACUAAUGCAAACAAGUUGUUUGGUCAUGAUGAGAGCAGCGACAUGGUGCACGAGACCAUUGACCAUCCUGGUUACGAAGACUUGACAAGUAAAUUGCGAUCGAGUAGUGGUGCAGCGACAAUGACCUUGGAUCGUAGCACGAUAACGUCAGUGCAGUCGUCGUCAAGUACGCUGUCGGGUGAACUUGACAUCUGGUUCCGAGAGCAGGAAGAGAUGCAUAGCGCCAUUAUUGUACUGCUCACGGAGACUGUCAUGCGCUGCGAGAAACUACAACAGGAGAACAUUGACCAGCUUCAGAACCUCAUGCAGCUUUCGGCAAGCAGUCCGCAGCUCAGUGACAAUAGCAGCACGAUCUCUUAUUAUGCAGGUGGUGAGAGAGUCAGCAAUGUGGAAAACUAA